AUGCGCAAUUGGAAUUGGGAUGUGCAUUUUCUAAGUGGAUUGCGCAGUUUUCACAUUCGUCUUGGAAAUAACACAUUGCAUUCUGAUGGAAAAUGCACGAAACCCAAUUGGAUUGCACAUGCACUCAAUAAAAUACUCAAUAAAAUAUCUGAAAAGUCGGAGUAUCAGUUAACGACAGAAGUAAAUGGAUUAGAAUAA